AAGCGAAAAUCACUGAUCUCAGAACUGUUGGGGGAUGUUGAUUUAGUUGCUACCUAACCACAGAUCUAGGAUCAGAUUAUAAUGACUCAUCUCAAAACUGUUUUGUCAGGUUGGAUAGUGUGGGUUGGAGUUGGAACCUAACCACAGAUCUAGGAUCAGAUUAGUUUAACCUGACGCAUAACAUGAUCUAUUAGGUAGGUGGGAAAUGAUCCAAUCCUGUCUACACUCAUUAAGGUUUAACACUACAGUAUUUAUACACUGCAGGCCCCAUAUAUUUCAGUCAUUUAGCAGAUGCUCUUACCCAGUGUGACUUAUAGGAGCAAUUAGGGUUAAGUGCCUUGCUCAUGGGCACAUCGGCUGAUACAGUAUUUCACCUAGUCGGCUCGGGGUUUCAAACCUGGCCCAACGCUCUUUGCCGCCAGGCUACCUGCCACUCCAGUAGGGAGGUCUAAUACACUACUGCACCACAGUACUUUAUGGACAUGAGGAUUAUACUGUGUACACCAGUACAGGUGAUUGAGGGAAUACUUUUCGCAUAAUGUCUAUCAAACUCCUAUUCUCACCACGUAGACAUAUUGUAAGUAAUGUGAUCAUGAUUCAUAUUGCAAUUGCUUCCAUUCUGGAUCUUUGAAUCAAAUCCUUAUUUUGCAUAUUUUCCCACUUCUUGAACAGUCAUGUGAUUCGACAUAUUACCUCAUAAGGAUUAUAAAAUCCCCCUUUCCUCCCCAGCCUUAGUAUACUGUCAUCCAUUCUCCCUUCUGACUCAGCCAAAUCCUACAGGCAGACUCUUCAAAAUAUUCCUUUAGUCACAUGACCCAUCCGCUCAGCCAAUGAGAGCGCGGAGCUCAGAUUUCAGCCCAGGAGGAGACAGCCAGCCACUAAUCUGUGUUUCAGAACAGGGGGUUGUAAAACAAGGAAUCUCCUGUGUAGACUGGAGUCUUUACCCAUUGUUCCACACUCUACCUUGGAUUAUUUUUGCUGUUGAUUGGGGACUUUUGGAUGGCACUAGUCUGGGUGAAAGGGUUUGCCAGCUUUGGGCAAGGUUUAGGCGGUGUGUAUCCGGGACAGGAGUGAAGACAGGGAGAAGAAGGAGGGAGGAUAGUCAUUUUUCUUCAUCCUUCUUUUCUGCAGACUGCAGGCAUUUCCCUAAGAGAAUGGGGGCAGGAGCGCUCACCAUCUGUCACAACAAGGCUGCGGUACAGAUCAAGCAAGACAUGAAGAAGAUGGUCCAGUUGCCCAUGCUGAGGGGGACCUCCAGGGGACCUCGAGGAGUGGAGGCCAGGGGCGGUAGGCUGUUCGGCGUGUCCCUGCUGGAGCUCAGGGAGCUGGGCCUCGUGAAGGAUGGCGUGCCCCUGGUGGUGCGGAGCAUGGUAGAGUUCCUCCGAGAACAUGCUCUUCAUCAUGAGGGUCUGUUCAGGGUCAACGGUAAUGUACGGGCGGUGGAGGGGCUGAAACAGCGGCUGGAGAACGGUGAGGACGUGGACUUCCUGGUUGAGGCGGAUGUGUGUACAGUGGCCAGCUUGUUCAAACAGUACCUCAGGGACCUGCCAGAAGGCCUGGUAGACUCCACCGUACAGCCUGCCCUUAUAAAGCAGCACCAGGAGUCCAGUGAGGAGGGUUUCUGCUCAGACCUGAGGGUCUUACUCCACCAGUUGCCAGAUGUCCACUACAGCCUCCUACAGUACCUCUGUCUCUUCCUCACCCAGGUGGACCAGCGCCACAGGGAGAACCUUAUGACUGCUCUCAAUCUGGCAACUGUCUUCGGCCCCAAUGUCUUUCAUGUGUCCUCUGGGUUCGAUGGGAUCCAGGAGCAGAACAUCUGUAAUAAGAUCAUGGCAAAGCUGAUCCAGAACUACAGCAGCAUAUUCAACAACAACCACCAAGAUGACGACCAUAAAGAAGAGCACUGUGUCUUCGAUAGAGAUGGAGACAAAGGAGAAUACAUACAGGAAUCUCUACCCUCUAACAUCAUCAUUGUUAAAGAGGCCAAGGAGACCCCGGUGAAUAGGACAGAUACUGAGUCACCGAAAACACUCGGAACCACACCAGUCACUCCCACGUACACUCAAAAGACACCAAAAAAGACACCUAUUCCAGUUCCCAGAAAGAAAAAGGCUGCAUCCAGCAGUCCACCAGAUGACACGAAGUCAUCAAAAGAACUAUCCAAUGACAAUCCAAUCAUAACUCCAAGGAAAAAGAAGGUGAGGAAAGUAAAGCACGAGACAGCGACGGUGCUCCGAGCCGUGCCCCUUCCCAGUCUCUCUCCUGGCCUGCCCUAUGUGAGGCCCAUGGUCCUACCCGUUCCCCUGGCUCCGGAUGUGACGAGCCCCUGCCCUGAGAGUAUGGAGCUGACCCCACCGGGGGCCCCACAGGAACCUCAGGGACCAGCCACGGACGCCUGGGACGUCAGCGCGGUCAAGACCACGGAGGUCCUGAACAGCUCCCAAGAGGAAGACAGCAGACCCAUAUCUCCUUUCUACAUAAGCAACCACCUCUCAUCUGUCCGGUGUAGAUCUGACCUGACUAAUGUUCUGGAGAGGACCAUCAGGUCGGCAGUGGAGCAGCAUCUCUUCGAUGUGCACAUGUGCGGAGGAGGUCAAAGUACGACGGAGGAUUCCGAGUGGACCGGGUGGUCCUCGUCGCCCGUGGUAACCCCGACGGCACGGCAGAGACGUCGGCACCAGAGGGAGCAGGAAGAGGCUCAGAGACACCGGGACAGGAGCAGAUCCUCGCCUCUGAGGGAAGGAGACAUUAACAAGGAGAACAUCCCAGCGGCCGGCAGCGUUAGCAGAACGAUCAGCUGUGGCAUCAGCGUGGGUGAAGAAGGAGUCUGGAGGGACUAUCAGACUAGCCAGGGAGGGCUCCACCACGAGGGCCCCAGACCCAGGAAGCCUAAACACUGCCACCAGAGCCCCACGCUUGGCCAGCUUAGUGACAACCAGGACCCCCACGCGCUAAAAGAAUGCAUAUCAAGAGUACAUGACGAAGCCGGGACAAACAACAUGGAGUCAUCAGACAACCGAAAUGACAGUCAAAGAAAGGACCCCAGUCUUCUGACUCCUUCAUGGACACGACUCAGUAGUAUGAAGAUCCAGGAGCUGCCUAGUAGCUGUGAAACGGCCGACAGGAGGGGGGUCAUCGGCCGGAGUUCGGACCAGGAAUGUGGCGAGGACGUACCCCGCUUGGACCUGUCGGCGCUGACUGACGAUAACAACUGGGGAGAGCCAGUCCCGGCCUACUCGUCGUGGCAACGGGAGAGCAUGGACAGCGAGGAGGCGUGCAUUUCGCCCCAAGUGGGGGGCCGCCUGAUUCGCCAGCUGAUUGAAGAGGACAGCGACCCCAUGCUGUCCCCCCGUUUCCACGCCUAUGGUCAUUGUCAGCAGUACAUAGAUGACACCGAGGUGCCACCCUCGCCGCCCAAUACACAUUCCUUUGCCAGUCGGAGGAGGAGUUCCUCUCUGGGCUCCUGCGGUGACGAUGACCAGCAAGAGCUGACCUCAGCCCAGCUCUCCAAGAAGAUCCACGGUCUCAAGAGGAAGAUCCACAAGUACGAGGAGAAGUUUGAGGAGGAGCGCAAAUACAGGCCCUCACACAGCGACAAGGCUGACAACCCAGAGGUCCUGAAGUGGAUGAAUGAACUGGCCAAGCUCCGCAAAGACCUGAAAGAGCACAAGCUCCACAAGUCUGAGGAGGACCUCCCUCCGCUGACCCGCCAGCGCAGCAACACCCUGCCCAAGAGCUUUGGCUCCCAGCUGGAGAAGAAGCCCCAACAGGAGAAGGCACCCAAGCCCCCGGUAGAGAACACCCUGGAGGGCGUCCAGAACAAGCUGCAGGAGAAGAGGGACGAGGUGGGGCGGCCCGAGGACGUCAAGGAUAUGACCCGGGAGCAGAUUGGCGCUGAGAAGGUGGCCUUACAGAAGGCUCUCCUGUACUACGAAGGCAUCCAUGGUAGACCAGUUACCAAGACUGAGAGACAGAUCAUGAAGCCCCUGUACGACAGAUACCGCCUGGUCAAACAGAUCCUCUGCAGAGCUUCCACCAUCCCAGUCAUUGCCUCCCCCUCCAGCAAACGCAGAGGUCCUGUACUUCAGCCCAUUAUCGAGGGCGAAGCCGCGCUCUUCUUUGACGACAUCAAGGAGGAGGAGGAUGGCUCUGAGGAUGACUCUGAGUCCAACAACAAGCCCCAGAUCACAGGGACAGUGCGUCCAGACUUCAGUAUGCUGGGCUUCCUGGACCAGCUGGAGGAGGAGACGGACGGCUUCAUCUCGCCCGUCGACGAGCUCUCGCCCUCCAAGAACACCACCGACAUGCGUCUGUCCAACCUGCAUUCGGCCACCAUGCCGGAACUAGUGGAGCAGCUACAAGAGGCCCGGGAGGAGAAAAAGAGAAUCCGCAAGAACCUAAGAGAGUUUGAAGAUCAAUUCUUCAGGCAAAAUGGCAGAAACGUGCAGAAGGAAGACCGCUCCCCUUUGGCGGUAGAGUAUAACGAAUACAAGCACAUCAAAGCCAAGCUUAGGCUGAUAGAGGUUCUCAUCAGCAAAGGAGAUGCCUCUAAGUUCACCUAAAGAAAAUAAAACCUCAAAGACUGACAGAGGAAUGAAUGAGGCUCAGUCUCAAUAAGAGAUGAACCACACCAGCCCAUGGAAAGGAAAACAGAUACACCUCAUCAUCCCUCACAAUAUGUUUAUUUCUUUCUUGUGCCAUAGACUCAUUUGGCUUCAGGAGAUGCCAACAUGUUGCCCCCUGAUUAAUCCCAACUGUAGAAGGGAAACGGUAUGGCUUAGUUACUGACCUGAGAGGUGUUGGAACAGACAUGUAGGUGCUGCCCCGGAGGCGACUCCAUCUUGUCUGUUGUUUCCCUCGUAUAGAAGAAGAACCCCGGAACUCAAAAUGUCGGGCAUCUUUGAAUGACUACUAACCUAACGUAGCAGGCCUUAAAAGACACCCGAGUAGAGUCCCCACAUCGGUUUUUCAGGGGAAGUGGAGGAAAAUACUGUAUCCCUGAACCAGAAACAUCCUAAUUUUCCUGACCCCGCAGAGAGUGGACCAAAACCAACCUUUUUUCAAAGGAAGAUUUUUUAAAAACAUUUUUGGUGCAUCUUGAUAUUGAUUGAGUAGUCAUCACUAAUUUAAAGGAUACAUUUACAAAGAGUGUUGUAUUGAUUUAAUGUAUUUUUCUUCCUUUGAAUGUUUAUAUAGACUCAUAUAGUUCAUAUAAACUUUUAUAUUGGAUUCAAAAAAAGUCUUAAUGUGGAGUGUAACAUUAGAUUUGGGAUUAUGUACUUUAAGGUAUUGCCAUUUUGAGAAACAAGGUUUUGUCAUCAGAAAAAUUAAAUGAGGGGAUUGUGUAUCUUUGUAAGGGAGACAGACAGUUACAAUCUGCAUGCAAACAACCAAUCAGACAGCCAGUCUAGCAGAGUUCAGCCAAUGGAUGGAUUUUUAAAAUGUAACUCAUGAUUGGUGCCAUAUGCCACAUUCACGUGCAAGUCGGAACUAGGAAACUCUGAAAUCUUCGACUUGCAAACUAGUUGAACGCUGCACAUGUAUAAAUACAACCAGUUAGCAAGUCGAACAUUUCCGACUUUCCUAGUUCCGACUAGCAUGUGAACGUGGCAAUUAUCUCGAUGUUAACCUAGGAAAAACACUUAUCAUCAAUGCUUAUAUUUGUUUGUUUCCAGAAAUUGUGUGUAUUUUUAGCAUACUAUGAGGAAAUGUCAGAGGAGCGUUAAUUUGUUUAAACUGAGAACUAGAAUGCAAAAAUAGUCUAUGAUGUGUUAUUGUGAUCCAAAGAAAAUGACUCAGAUUGCAUACCAAAAUAGUGUAGUGGAUCAAUGUAUACAAUUUCAUUAAUUAUUGUGAUCAUGGUCAUCAGUCACUUAUGGAUUUGACUGCUUGUAUAUUAUUUUUCAUUUGUUUUCUUUUCCUAUUCACUUUGUGUGAAAAUAAGCUAUACUGUCUUGAAAUCAGUGGUAUAUUUUUGCUCAAACUUUUCAACACCGACAAGGGCCAUUUUGUGUGGAACAUCCAUCCUUAAAGAAAAGUCCCGAUAACUAUCAAAAUAGCUGCCAAUCCCCAACGCAGAGCCUUCAAUACUCAAUCAGGGCAUGCUGCUUUCUUUUUUUAUGUAGGUAUUUUCAUAGCCUAUUUGUUCCUUGUAAAUAUGGAUCCAGAUCUAUGUUUACAUUGUUAAGUGAGCAAGUACAUUUUUCCUUUUUCUCCAAAAUGGAUCAUUUUAAUAGUGUGACUUUCGUUUUUAUUGAAUGUAAAACACUGGUGGACAUAAUGAAUUAUGGGUGUGUACAUUUUAGUACAUAAAUUGUAUAUAUAAUAUAAAACCAAACAUAUUUUUACUGAG